UUAAUCGAGGACAAACGAAGAAAGUAAGGAAUGGAGAACAGUACACAACGAGGAACUUCGUAACUUGUACAACUCACCUGAAAGUGCUUGAUAGUGUAAUCCAGGAGUCUUAGGUCUGAUGGCAAGACAAGAAGUGCAUACAUAAUUUUGGCAAUAAAACCAAAGAAAGCGACUGACUCAUUUGAUGUACAUGUAAAGAACCAAAUUCACAGCACAUACCUACUAUUAGAUUGAUGAUGUAAUGCUGAUAGUCGUACGUGACCGGCAUAUAAUACGAAAUGAAAUACAUGUGUGAGCAGUUUGUAAUAUCAAAAUAAAAUCAUCUAGGACCCAGACAUAGGAGAGGAUAUAAGAUUGUUCCAGAGAACGCAAGGAGAUUACACCAGCAGAACUGCUGCAGAUAUUCAUAGACAACCAGAAUCGACGACUGGAAUUCGAGAAGAAACAAUGCACUGGUGCACAAAGAAGCCGAAACUCGCCAGAGAAUUCAACAUACUGUGACGUCAUGUGGGACGGCGUGAUGUGCUGGAAGCCUGCAGCCCCUGGCACUAUAGUGACACAAUCAUGUCCUGACUACGUCAUACGGUUCGUCUCCGAGGGCGCCGCUGUGAGACAGUGUUCAGACAACGGUUCCUGGUCCUUGGACAACGGGAAUGGAUGCACCCCACAACAAAAUGCAACCCACGUUGUUCGUAUCGGCCCCAUCGAGGAUUCCGUUUUGCUGAAGAGAUGGAUGCCAGUGCUUAAGAUUGUGUCACAAGUGGGUUACAGUGUUUCCAUGGUAACACUUGCCAUCGCAUUCUUCAUACUCAGCACCGUGAAAAAGUUGCGCUGCCCGCGAAACAUGCUGCAUCUUCAUCUGUUUCUGUCCUUCAUCAUGAGAGCUUUCAUCACGCUACUGAUCGACAUUCUCUUCGUGAAAGGUGUCGGACUUUCCAAGGACGUGGAAGUUGAUGAAGGUGGUUUGGUGGACUUCAAGACGGACAGAAAUAACUGGGAGUGCAAGGCUUUGACAUCAAUCAGCAACUACUGCAUAAUGGCAAACUACUUCUGGAUUCUGAUGGAGGGGCUGUAUCUACAUAACCUCAUUUUCCUCGCUCUGUCCUCUGACACAAGCGCCAUCAUUCUCUACGUCGUCCUUGGAUGGGGGCUGCCAGUGCUGUUCGUGGUUCUGUGGGUCGUAGCGCGGCUGAAACUUGAAGAUACCAUGUGCUGGACCACACACGACAACCAACACGUGUUCCUGCUUAUUAGGCUUCCCGUCAUCACAUCCGUUCUUCUUAGUUUCGCAUUGUUUGUGAACAUCGUUCGAGUUUUGCUGGUGAAAAUGAAAUCCAACGUCUGCCUACAGCGGAGAAAAUGGCGUUACAGGCGAUGGGCCAAAUCGACACUAGUUCUCGUGCCCCUGUUCGGCGUUCACUACGUUCUGUUCAUCUGGAUGUCUCCCAGUCAGCAGGUCAAUGAGACCCUGGAGAUUGUGUGCCUCUUCUGUGAUCAGCUGUUCGCAUCUCUACAGGGCUUCUUUGUGUCGCUACUGUAUUGUUUGCUGAACUCAGAAGUUCGGGCCGAAGUUGUUCGCAAGUGGAGGUCGUACAGACACAAGAACGAGCAACCUAAGAGGGGAUCAGCGCAGAGUCUACCACUCGGUCUACACUCAACGUUCACUGUGUCCAGAAUGUACAACGGCGGUAGGGGACGAUUAGAAUCCUUAAGCACUGCUUCCGGAGUCGUGGCCCCACAAACGUUUGGACAAGACAUUAUUUCGGCCGUGCCAUAGCUCAUGUGGUUAGUCGCCGGCUUCCACAGUUGCUCUGCAGUCACUCAUACAUCUGGGGGUGGACAAAGGGCCCGUUAAAGGCUCAGUUACACAGAUAGUCUCACCCCAUUGCAACAACAACACGAUAUUAAUUCAGUUUCAAAUUUCUUACAAGACCUCAAAGCCGAUCUAAAUUCAUGCGAUUAAACUCGGGCAUUACCAUGGCGACAGCAUACUUGGGUACCAGCAGACAAAAUGCAUCUGCCCUGCAAGCUAAAGCCUCUAGGAAACAAAAACAAACAUGGCGAACGCCUUCUCGAAAUCCCGCAUUGAAGAUUCCGCAGGAAACUGAGUGACCAAAUCGUAGCCUUCACAAAAUGGACUUGCAUUGCAGAAGGAGGUCUGAAGCAGAUUUAAUAAAACUGCACGCAGAACACAUGCCCCUCCAGUUCUAAAACUGUCGACUGUCAGAAAAGAAAGUCUAUUACAAGAACUGAUUUAGGAUGACAGAAGGAUUUACCCAAAACUUAUGAAGAGAUGCCAGACAUCCUCAGAUGUUACGUGUAGGAAAUGUUUACACAUUUACAAUGGAAUGAACGAGAUUCAAGCCACGGUCACGAAAGUGUUCAUGAAAGACUUUUGUUGUUGUAAUUUGUACUAUAUUCCGCGUAGUUGAUGCACAAAUAGUGUAAAAGAAGAGACUCAUAAAAUCUAAACACACCUAUCACACUUCGGUGUUACUGGUAUCAUCACACUUUGAUUUAUUAAAUGAUUAACAAUUUCGACGUACAAUUCAUCUCCUCUGUUAUGUGACACAACAUGUUCCUUUCAAGCGUAAUAAAUAUCUGAUACAGGAUGUAUUUUAUUUUCAUAGUCGGACUCGGCGUCGUAAGGCUGACGGCAUUGUCGGCGGCAAAUGCACGUGGCACUGACGCUGCUCCAUCUUCGACACUCGGUCCCACGAUAAAAUAGAAUGACCCUGUAAAGCUCGAGCUAUAUCGUACGGACACCAAUUUUGAUUUGAAGGGUGACUUGUGUAUAAACUGAUACGAUAUCGUAAAUGUUAUUCACUGUAGAGUUUAUGUAUGCAAUAAAUGUUUCAUCACCUUGCUCAUAAACUGUGGUAAAAGCGUGCUGUAAUAAAUGAAGUAAUUAUGA